CUGGUAAGAUCCAGCCCCGCCGGGAUUCAUGAGGGGGAGAAUUGCGGAAGGAUGUUCCAAUCAUAGACGCUGCCCCUCCAUCAGUGGACUGUUUUCCGCGGGAUCUCCCGGGGAACAUUUUUCUUCUGUCUUUGAUUUGGAAAGAAAGCCUCGAAUAUGCUGUAGAGUGAUAUUAAUGAUAUAGGGGAUGUUAUGUAAAGAUAUACACUAUGUGUACUGUACAUGUCGUUAUAUCUUCACGACGAGGAUACUUGAUGUACGGAGUACGGAUCAUCCUAACUCCGUCCCUCCGUGGUGGUGAUGACGUAUGUAGAUUCAUUCCAGUUUGCUUUAAGAACUACCAAUUAUACUAGGGAUGCUCUACAAAUUCCCAGUUUAUGAUAAAAAAAAAAACAUCCUCUCUCUCUCUCUCUCUCUCUCUUGCCUGCUUAAAAAUCUCACUUCUCACAUAUAUUAAACGGGACGCGGAACAAUGAGUCUGCUCCGAUCCUCCACAAUCCUUGGAAUCGGCCUUGGCCUCUCCUUCUCCCUCCAUUCUACCUCCCCCUUUCGCGCCCUUCCAAUUCAAUGCCAAUACUCGGCUCCCAACUCUAGAGCCGACUCCCAGAUCUCCCCAGAUUCCACCUGGGCCAUCCCCCCCGAUGGUUCUCGAGCGCGCAAGCAAGGAACAACGAGGACCGGGUUUCUUACCGCGUCCACCAUGCGCCAAGUGAGCUUGGGAAGCGUGCUUGGUCUUGUCGUUGGCGUGGGAUUAAGAGCCUUCUCUCGCGCUUUGGUAGUCCUGUUUGGAAUUGGAAUUGUAGUUGUUGAGUGGGCUGCCGCCAAAGGAUAUAACCUUGUCCCCUGGAACAGGAUGCAGAAAUACGUCAAGAACUAUGACCUCCAGAAAGCCGUGUCACGGAACCGACCCCUCAAGAUCAGUUUCGGGGCUACUAUGGCCCUGGCCGCAUUUGCGCAGUUUUAA